ACUUACACGGUCUUUCAUCUAUAUUUGAAGCCGUCCGCCGUUGAUUGUACUUGUAUCCCUCCACAAAUAAUAUAAAAAAAAUAAUAAUAAUAAUGUCAUCGGCUGCCCGAGCCGUCGUUUUAAUCCUCCUCUGCACCAGGAAAAUUCAACGAGAGGCGGGAGAUUGGGAAGACGAACGAAAUCCAUUGUAAAGCUUCCAUCAGAGCCUGCCCGGAAGUUGGAUCAAGAUUACUACAAGGAGAAGAUUCGAAAGAGUUUGAGGAUCAGUGAUAAUAAUGCUGAGCUGGAAGUGUCGCCGUCAGCGUAUGAUACAGCAUGGGUGGCAAUGGUGCCGGAGCUGGGGGAAUAUUCCGGAAGGUCUAGGCCUCGUUUCCAGCAGUGCCUCCAAUGGGUAGUGGAAAACCAGAAUGGGGAUGGCUCCUGGGGACUCAAUCCGGGCCACCCCUCCCUCUUUAAGGACUCGCUUUCAUGCACUUUGGCAUGCAUCCUCGCCCUCCGUACAUGGAACCUCGGCCAUCGCCUUCUCCAAAGAGGUUUGGAUUAUAUUGGAUCGAAUGCUUGGGCUGCCUCUUCUGCUGAUCAGUUGUCUCCAAUUGGAUUUAAUAUCGUGUUUCCCGCCAUGGUUGAUCGUGCUCUCGAACUGGAUUUAACUCUUCCAUUAAGCCAGAGGCUGAUCGAUUCACUCAUUCACAGUCGAGAUUCUGAAAUUGGGCUUUGCGGAAGAAAUUAUUCUAACUUGGCGUAUGUUGCUGAAGGACUUGGCGACUAUUGUGAUUGGAAGCAGCUCUUAAACCAUAGAAGAAGUAAUGGUUCGUUGUUCGACUCUCCGGCCACCACUGCUGCUGCUCUGAUUCGAUACCCUGAUGAUCAUAAAAGCUUUCAAUACUUGGCUACAGUUGUGACUCUUUUGAUGGAUCGGGUGAGCUCAGCAAGAUAAUAUAUUCUGUCGAAUUUAGCUCUUGAUUACACGUUGUGUGUUUUGAUGAAUAUUCAUGCUCUUUCUUGUUAUGAAGUACCCUGUGUCUAUCCUAUGCACAUACGCACUCGUCUCCGUCUUGUUGACACCAUGGAAAGGUUGGGAGUCAAUUGCCAUUUUAGAGAUGAGCUU